AUGGAAAGUAUGUUGUUGUCUCAUAAAAUUGAGCGAAAAAAUCCAAUUGAAUCGAAAUAUUUGGCAUAUAUCGAAAAAUCAAAAACAUCUGGCUUUCUUGCAAAUAUUUGAAUUUAUAAUUUAGAGACUGAAAUAUUUCAGAGCUAUAAGGAUUUGAAUAAAAUUAGCAUAUUUCAGUAUGUGGAUUCGUAAGUGGGUUAGUGAGCAAGUGUGAUGAGAUUAUUCUACUUUGGCAUCUGCAUUAUAUGAAAGUAUUAAAUCUUCCAGAUAAUGAAAUUCUUUUAGUAAAAUGAAGUUUAAGUAAAAAAAAGCCGAUUAUUUUCCAAUUUUUGCAUAAAGGGACAAGAAGAGAAAUAUAUCAUGAUGCUAUAUUUCAUUCAGCUGAAUAUUGUGAUAGAUAUGUGUAUCUUUUUGGACAACAUUCAUGAAAAAUUAAGAUAUCUGAUUUGCAAAAAAAAACUAUGAGAAGGAUAAUAAAAAUAAUGCCAAUAAUUAUCCAUAUUGCACAUAUGGAUCUUUUGUCAUGUGUUGGAUUUUUUGAUAAAGUGCUGAUUACAAGCAGUAGUAAAAACUCAAUCAUUCUCUACGAUAAAAUAGUUAAUAGCUGUUCAGUAUUACCUCCAAUUUUAAGAAAUGGUGACAAAAUUUUAGCAGCUUACCAAUUCAAAAUUUAUAUUAUUUUAUUUUCUGGGCGAGUUUAUGAGAACCAUGGCGAUUUAAGGUUAUGAAAUAUUAUAGACUUAGAUAUCUGCUGUCUUAAGUACCCAAAUAUGGUUACAUAUGCCUAUAAAUCUAACGCACUUAUGAUAGCUGAUGAAGAAAACUUUUAUUCUUUCGAUCUAGAUAAAGUAAAAAUUGAGAAAUUAAAUAUUAAAAAUACAAAUAUAUUUUAA